GGCCUGGGGGGCCCCGACGGCAAGUCUGGCCGCUGGAGGAGGCUGCAGCCCCGCAUGUGGGCUCUCUUCGAGGACCCCUACUCGUCCAGAGCCGCCCGGUUUAUUGCUUUUGCUUCUUUAUUCUUCAUCCUGGUUUCAAUCACAACCUUUUGCCUGGAGACACAUGAAGCUUUCAAUAUUGUUAAAAACAAGACAGAAUCAGUCAGCAAUGGCACCAGUGUGGUCCCACAGUAUGAAAUUGAAACAGACCCUGCCUUGACGUAUGUAGAAGGAGUAUGUGUGGUAUGGUUUACUUUUGAAUUUUUAGUCCGUAUUGUUUUUUCCCCCAAUAAACUUGAAUUCGUCAAAAACCUCUUGAAUAUCAUUGACUUUGUGGCCAUCCUGCCCUUCUACUUAGAGGUGGGACUCAGCGGGCUCUCAUCUAAAGCUGCUAAAGAUGUCCUUGGCUUCCUCAGAGUGGUCAGAUUUGUGAGGAUCCUCAGGAUCUUCAAGCUCACCCGCCAUUUUGUAGGCUUGAGGGUGCUUGGACACACUCUUCGAGCGAGCACAAAUGAAUUUCUGCUGCUGAUAAUCUUCCUGGCUCUAGGAGUUCUGAUAUUUGCUACUAUGAUCUACUAUGCAGAGAGAGUGGGCGCCCAGCCCAACGACCCUUCAGCUAGCGAGCACACGCAGUUCAAAAACAUCCCUAUUGGGUUCUGGUGGGCUGUAGUAACCAUGACUACCUUGGGCUAUGGAGACAUGUACCCCCAGACGUGGUCGGGGAUGCUGGUGGGAGCCCUGUGCGCUCUGGCUGGAGUACUGACCAUAGCCAUGCCGGUGCCUGUCAUUGUCAACAACUUCGGAAUGUACUACUCCUUGGCGAUGGCAAAGCAGAAGCUUCCACGGAAAAGGAAGAAGCACAUCCCUCCUGCUCCUCAGGCAAACUCGCCUACUUUUUGCAAGACAGAAUUAAACGUGGCCUGCAAUAGCAAGCAGGGUGACUCGUGUCUGGGCAAAGACAGUCGGCUUCUGGAACAUAACAGAUCAGUUUUAUCUCUGCCACAUGGGGCCAUGCAUUUUGACCUAAUUCACAAGAAGAAGUUGUGUAAAAAGAAUGGAUGUUUACAUUUCAAAGGCCUAAACACUGAAGAGGUGAUAUUGUUAGCAGGUGACGACAGUGCGGGAAGUGAGCCGCCGUUAUCGCCCCCAGAAAGGCUCCCCAUCAGGCGCUCUAGCACCAGAGACAAAAGCAGAAGAGGGGAGACGUGUUUCCUGCUGACGGCAGGUGAUUACACGUGUGCUUCUGAUGGAGGGAUCAGGAAAGGAUAUGAAAAAUCCCGAAGCUUAAACAACAUAGCGGGCUUGGCAGGCAAUGCUCUGAGGCUCUCUCCAGUAACUUCACCUUACAACUCUCCUUGUCCUCUGAGGCGCUCUCGAUCUCCCAUCCCAUCUAUCUUGUAAACCAAACUGCAUCAGUUGGCUAAAUUGUCUUAAUUCAAGUACUGUUUACCCCAUAAUGGAAAUAAUUAAAUGUAGAGUUACUCCAGACGCCAUUAAUACAGUAUAAAUCCUGCAUGAUACUACUAUCUGAAGUCAAAAAAUGCCGUUUGGGUAGCUGACGAAUCUUAUCCUGGCUUUAAACGAAUCUUAUCCUAGUAGUGCUGCCACUUUUCCAUAUGAAUUGCCCUGAUCUCCUUUCGCAAUAAAAUGACAGAUAGCAUCAGAUAUUGGCGAGUACCCUAAUACAUAAACACAUCUUCAGGGAGGUAAUUUAAAUCAUUGUGCUUCCAAAUGCCAGCUACUUCAUGGGAACUUCAUUUCUCGUGACUCUGAACCAUUCUGAAGAUGUCUGGGAUUCUGUUUUGAAUGCACACAACAUGACUUUGGUCAGCUCAUUUGCAUGGACCAUCUUGUCUCUAUCACCUGAAAGCAAUGUCGCAGUGUUCGGGGACCGCAGAUGGCUCGGGAUAUGUGUACUUGCAUCGAACCAUUCUGCUGAUGUGAAACCACUGGUUGACUGUUCUGCAUGUUGAAUUGUGGGGCAGGGAGGGUGAAUUUCUCCUUGACAAUUUUUUUUUUUAAAUUCUUUGAAAAAAAAAUAUUUGUUUUAAAUAGUUUAAUUUCUUGAUUGUUUUACUUUUCUUCCAAAAUGCUGUAUUGGAGUUCUGAAUGUCUCUGGUUGUUUGCACACAGAUAACUGCAAAGAGAUUGUCAUUACUGGUUACACGCAAGCUGAGGCCAGAUCUCUUACUUAAUGGCUUGGGGAAGGCACAAAACAUGAGAGAAAGGUAACUGCCAGCCAGGCUUGCAUCGUUUAGAUAGGAAUUGCUAUUUGGAACUAGAAUCAUGUUUUCUUUCUUUUAAUCCCAGAAUUUGUCAUCAUUUUCAGAGUCAGGGUGCCAAAGUAUCACUCAAAAUUCUUGUCUUUUUUACCCCCUUCCUUUAUUUAAUUUAUUAUUAUUAUUAUUAUUAUUAUUAUUAUUAUUAUUUUGCAAACAACAAAGAGCAUUGUUGUUCACAGGAAGCUUUCUUGACAAGCCUUAAAUCUCUGACUGACAGCAUUAAUCAGAUUUUCAGGCAGUGUUUAAUCAGGUGCUUUGUCCUGUAUGUCGUUCUGUCCAUAUGUCUUAGCUCCCUGUCUUAUGUGUAUAUGCCAUCUGUCUCCAUGAAGCACAGAAAUGCCUUGAUGAGGUGUUCAUGAUUUUAGGACUGGGUCCUCUUCCCUGCCCCUUGCCUUCUUCACUACUUGGAACAGCCUCUGUGCUUUGUGUGUGAAUUAGUGAUGCCCGUAGACUACCUAAGUUAACCGGUGCUGUGAACCUGUCUGAUAAGCAGGAUUUAAGCAGCAGUUUUACCCUUGCAUUUGAUUGCCUGCUGCAGUGUCAGUUUCUACUCCCUAGCAACCAGAAUUCAUCAGGACACGCCAGUGAAACCCUCAGGGUGUCUUAUUCAGUGCAAGUGGGAGACAUUCUGUUUGCACAUCCCUACAAAUGCAAUAGCAGUAGUGUGUCUGAUGUAUUGGACAUGAGAGGGAAGAAAAUACCAUACUAUAAACUGAGAGAUAAACAAUAUUUCUAAGGCAUUUAGGAUCCUUGAGACUGCUAAUUCCUAAUGCUCAUGUUUAUUUCCGGUUAGGGAGACAAUUGUCACUUUUAGAAUUGGCCACAUAACAUGUAUUACUUUAUAUCCCCAAGUCCUAGAGCAUGACCUGCAUGUCAGAGACCUUGUACAGCAAUGUAUUUACCCAGACAUAACUCAUAUUUAGAGAUUCAGUGAUGCUUUUGAUAACACUACACAUAGAAAGUUAUAAUUAAACACAACUUUAUGGUGAAGGAAUUAAUAUACUGUCUGGUGCUGCUGUUAUUGACUGCAGUGUUGUACAGAAUUUAUCAUGGAUUUUUGACUGCUGAAAAAGGGACAGUGGAAUUUAGCCAUACCAAGGACUAUUCUGGAAACAGACUCCUGCUGCUGAAUGUGCCCUGACGUGACCAGGUUGCACUUGGAAGAGAUCCUGGCGUCUUCAUGAAGCAUGAAAAAGCCUAUGCAAGAACUGUGGCUGGAACUCAUUUGGUGCUCCCCAUAUGAGUGGUCUGCUGAGGACUGGCUGGUGUCCAUGAAACAGCUGUAAAUACCAACAUGUAUGCAUGGGUCAACAGCUUUGGCCAUCUCACAUCGAAGGAAGCCAGAGUCACGAUCAACAUCUCUGGAGCUUCAAGUAAGGCCCGCACCUCUGUGAAUUACCCUUUGUGGACCUGCAGUAGAUUGUGCUGUGAUCAUAAAAGCAGUGAUAUUGGUGUACUAUAGGUCUGUCUUAAUUUCCUUCAUUUCUCUUUUGUUGGUUAGAUCCACGAACACUAACUGUAUCAUUUAUUUUUAAUAAGCCACUUACACUAGCUUGUCAUAUUAUGUUGCAGAAUUUUCAGUGCCUGUUUGUCAAAACUGACCCAUUUGGAGUCCCACAUUUGUUUUAAGUUCUUAAAAGUUAUUUGACUUAAACUCAUUAAUAUUAUUCAUGAUUCAAGUAUUUUGUCAUUGUUACCUCAAUUAUAAAUAUUAAAAAAAUAAAAUUCUGGCAAUGAGAAUAUUUUUUUAUUAAAUUAUCAAGACUAAUGUCAGUAUAUAGUAGAAUAUUAAUUGAAUUAUACCCUAAAAUGUAUAUUUUGCAUAAAAGAGAUAUUCUUCAAUCGAUUACUUUUUUUUGUGAAUUUUGUGGCAAAGAAGCUUGCACUUGUCUUUAAAACUGUUGUAGUUGAAACUGUAUAAAAAUUCAUCUUGCUUAAUCAGUAUUUCUGGAAUCUGUUAGUUCCCCUGGGACUCUGAAUAUAACAUACAACCUAAUUAUGAAUCCCUGUAUCAUGGACCUUUUGUGACCAUCUCAAGGUGCAUGCAUAACCUUGAUGAUAAUCGGUGAAAAUGUAACUAACUAAAAUGAAGAAUAAAAGGCAAAUAAGUUGGGGAUAAACUUGAAUCCUAUCUGAAUAAAUUAUUCAUGUUUUUUCCUUG